UGAUACGCAUACAGAAAUAACCGCAACAUUUUCCACAAGGCCAACCAAUCACAAGUCAUUUUUAUUCCUUCCGCCUUCAGUCAAAUGGGUGUGAUGAAAGUAUCAAAUGUCUUCACUCCUCCACAGAUCAUCAUGAUGAGCUGGACGUAUGUCUUUCUUCCCGUCAUCUUGGGUAAAAUAUUUACGUUAAAAUUUCUAGUUCAAUAAUACAUGAGUUGUAUAUGAUGUCCUGUGUAAGGUAUGAUGGGUAUUUGGUGUUUUAAAAUCACAUUUAUAUAUCAUCAUAUGUUCCUCCAUGUUGCUGCACAUUUGAUCUUAAUAAUAAUUGAAAGUAUUUUUCGUUCAGGUGCUGUUGUGUCCUGUCAGGACGUACUCUCUAACCCAGUAGUGGAGCAGACCGUGAGACCAGGAGAAAACGUUACUCUAUACUGUGACUGUAAACUCACAACUAAUGUAAACAUCGUUUGGUACAGGAACUGUUCUCAUGAAAAUCAGCCAACACUAUCUCUGAAUUGGAAGGACAGAGAUAAUGGAAUUUUUGAAUAUGAAGAGAAUGGAACAAACUUUUUCCAUUUAAAUAUUCUGUGGAACGCUUCGUCAAACUCAUACGACUUACUGAUUAAGAACAUCACUGAUUCUCACCUUGGUCUCUACUACUGUGGAACUGAAGAACUGAACGGGGAAAAAGGAAACAAGAAAGAAUAUAUCUACACCUAUGGUAAAAUAAUCACAAGGAUUUUGUUUGUUAUCCCUUUAGAUGCCGGUGCUGGAGACCCUGCUGCUCCAGACCCUGCUGCUCCAGACCCUGCUGCUCCAGACUGUGGACAGUGCUGGAUGCUGCUGGUCAUCCUGUGUCCCUCCUCUGCUCUUCUCCUCUCCCUCCUCUCAUCCUUGGUCGUCUACCUCCGCUGCAGAAGGAAAGAUGAAGACCUCCAUGUUGCUCAGACAUCACCCAGCAGUAGAGAUGUAACAUCAAUCAGGAACCAGGAUGAAGAUGGCCUGUGUUACGCUACACUGGAUAUCCCUCUAUGUUCUCAGAGACCUAAAAAGAAGAGAGUCCAACCCUCAGAGUUCAGCACCUACUCAGCCAUCAAUACUAAGAGGAUGUGACCAUGACCAAGUCUUUAAUACCAAUACAGGGCUCUACUUCCUCAAUAUGACCUCAUCUUUGUGCUGUCAAGAGGACGGAGAAUAUAUCGUUUAGUCAUAGAUAAAACUAAUGGCCAGUUUUUAUUUAUUUAUUCAUAUUCAUGCAUACAUAUAUUAUUUAUAUAAAGAAUAAAGCCCUCCUCUCUUUGUUCCUCUACUUCCUCUUCCUGUUUAUGCUGUUUUGAAAACUCCACAUCACAAAUGAUCUCAGAGCUUCUCCGCCCGCAGUACGAGUGGGCUUUGAGAGGCGGUUUGGUUAGGGUUCCUCCCACAAAAAAAGCAUACAGCCCAACGCACACACAUAGACUCCCCAACAACCACACAAAAACACACAGUCUCAGACACAAACACACAUGUUUGUAUGUAUUGAAAUUGCCUGUGGAUAAAAUGUAUUUGAAAUUGCAUUUUUGAUCAAAUGUAUGAAUGAAUAAAUAAAGUCAAAAUAAU